GUGGGAUGAUCCCGGCGCAUCCACGAGCGCGCGCCCCGUUCCUCCGGCGCUCAGUUCAGUUCACUAACGGUGAGACAGCACACGGAGAUUACCGGAGCUUUCACUUCUGCAUAGAGAGCACGACACACGGGCUCUAGGUAUAGAAGAAGAAAGACAGGACCUCUGUCUAUCAAACUCUGAAGUGCCCCGGUGCCAGCUGUAUAUGUCAACCCAACCAUAACGACACAGGACAAUAGAAGCCCAACCCAGAGACGGCUAUCAAAAAGCAAAUAAUCAAGCUCAUUAGCGCUCUUCCUUCAAGACGACCUUCUCUGAAAAGAUUAAGAGAAGAAAGGAACUAAACGAGGAGGGAAAAAAGGCACUGGCAGCUAUUUCUGAUGCUCUGUGGUGAAGAGAACAUCUCAUUUGGGAUUUAGGGAUUGCAGAAAAAGGAUUUCCCCAUGCCCUGCCCAUUUAUCCCAAUGCCUGAAUAAAUAUUGCAUGGAGAUAUCGAAUCAACCCUUUUCCAAAAGCGUCCAGUAACGAGACUAAUUAUAGCAAAUCCCAACAGCUAGUCUGUUGCAUAAACCUUUACAGAUUCUCAGAUGCCUAGAAAUCUAUAUUCAUAGGGAUCCUAUAAUUAGAUCCCUAAAAUUCAGAGACACGUCAGAUCUUGAAGAAGCAUCAAACCAGUGGUUUAAUCUCUAGAGAGUUUCCUUGUCUUUUUUGGGGCAAGGCAGCUGCUUUGUCCUCUUUAGUUGGAUGCAUUUUUGCAGAACUCCAAAAUGAAGCCAUUAACUCCCAUUGGUUCACCUUCUCCACUUCGGCUCCUAAACAAGGGGCCUGAGUACCUGCGCAGGCAGAUGGAUGCCGGAAGCAGGGGACGUUCUGUCAGUGCCGUAGAGCGACUGGAAGCUGACAAGGCAAAGUACGUCAAGAGUCAACAGGUCAUCAACACGAAGCAGGAGCCUGUGUUAGUUCCCUGUGCGACCCCUCCACCGGUGCCUCGUCGCAGCUUCACAGUGUCCACACCUUCAACGCCCGUCCUCCCAGCUCGAAAUCAAACGAAGCCUUUCUCUGCACCUCUGUUCCCACGGGAUGAAAAUGAGGACGACUCCAAGAAAGAGAACUGUCGGAAUGAAACCGAUGAGGAAACCAAGAAUCGCAACAAUGCAAACAAGCCUCCCGUACCUUCUCUGAGAACUCCGACCAUUGCUCCAUUAGUUGCUCCACAUAGUGCGCCAAUAAUGCGCAGGAGCAAUGGCAAACGCAUGCUGCGUCCAGACUCCCUGGUCAUUUACAGACAGAAGAAAGAGUGCAAGAGUCCCAGUGGAGGUGGAGAAAAUCCCAACGGCAACUUAGAGGUCAAGGGAUACAGCUUUGUAAGACGGCUCUUCCAGGGAUCUAUGCGUGAAAAGAGCGGUGGGAAUGAGGCUCAAAAAAUGGUGAUAAAUGAGGAGAAGGGAUCUUCCUCUCGAGACGGGGAUUCGCGAAUGUCUUGGUCCAUUGAUAAAGACACUGUCGAUGGCGGGAAUGAGACCAGACGAUCAAGCAAAUCCGAGCGAGAGCACUCAAUGCCCGAGACACAAAACAACAACAUUGGUUUUCAGGAGAAGCAGUUGAAAAACUGCAUGAUCAUCAGUUUACGAAACAGCACGGGGAAUGCCAACAAUAACGACAUGGACCCAUGGAAGCCAGUCGUUCCUCAGAUGCGAUCCGAUUUGAAACGCUCCAAGUCGGAAUUGAGACUACGCUGUUCGCUAGCCAUGUCCGAGCAGGAACGCUUCUUCGACUACUGUGGAUUGGACCUGGAUAUGGUGGAAAGGCUCGGACCGGAGAACUUUUUAAAUGGGGCAAGUUCAGUCGACACGCUCUCGCUGCUACUGAGGAGCGUCGGAGGCGGCGGCGGCUCGGAGCCCAGCGAGUUUUCCCGACACUCCGGUGAAGGACUUUUCCAGGAGGAGCUUGCCGAGCAGAUUCCUACAGGUGUGUCCAUUAUUGAGAGAAAUGCACGGGUCAUAAAGUGGCUCUACGGCUGUAAGAACGCAGCCCAGGAGGGUCCUAAAGAGUCUACCGUUUGAUCAUCACAGUGACCAAUCCUGGGACUUUCUGGAGCUGUGUGGAAAACUACGCUGUAUUUAUUUCACAUGAGACAUUGUAUUUAAGAGAUCUGUUUGGCUUUUCACAGCCAGUACGAGAACACUGAUGUUAUUUUGUGCAAGUCACAUAUGAAGCUGCAAACCGACACUUCCUUUUAUGACCUACACUGUGGCUUUGUUGAAAUCGCCCCCUAUAACCUCAUUCACUAUUACAAACAUUAGUUUACUAAUAUAGUCCACUCGAAGGAGUGGGUGAAAACAAAUGAGCGAAUUUGAAGACUGAAUGUGGCUGUGGACUCUUCUGAUGAAACUCGUAAAUUAAUUUGCUGCAUUUCUCACAUUGUACACGGCCUGUACACUCAUUAUUACGGUGCAUUAUGGGAUUGAAUGAGUACAUGUCCACUACGGUUUCAGACUAGUGCACUAUAGCGUGUAGGGGGCAAUAAUGAUAUAUAUUUAGCAAUUUCAUCUCCUGUUCUCUAUAAAUAGAAAGUGUCAUGAGUCUGACCUGUUACUUCUGUUUAGAAACGAGUGUUAUUCAUUGAGCGUAACUUAAAGAACGUGUCAUCUGAUUAAUAAUUUAACAUUGCAAACCACUAAGCUUUUUCUCUGGGGUUGGGAAACCAAUGCAUGAGUGUUAAAUGAACCAUGUGUACCUCAUUUCCAAACUGUCCCAGUUUAGUUUGUGUGUUGCCUUUUUUCCUUAAACGCAGGCGUUGGAACAAACACACAGAGGACCCCUGUGGGGAUAUUAAUGCACUGAAUUGGAGAAAGAGAUCUGGGAGCUAUAUCCUGCUAUGAAACAUAUUUUGAACGCUGAGUGUAUGUAAAGAAAAAUGCAAGGCCUUAAAAAGAAACAAGAUUUUGAGUUUUAUUAACUUAUGCCAAAGAAAUGUGCUGCGUACUGAUGUACAAUAUGUUCCAAACCCUAUUGAGCCGCCUUGAGAGAAUGACGUUCACAGAGUUUGAUUUUAGCAUGUUGCUAAGCUAAUAACUUGGGAAAUACUGGGUUAAACUGUGUUUUUAGUAAUAUUUUUACAGUACAGAACAGAAUAUAUUCAGUGUUGGGAAGGUUACUUUGGAAAUGUUAUAGGUUACAGAUUACAAGUCACCCUAUGUAAAAUGUUUUACAAUUACUUUAGUAAAGUAAUGUAACUGAUUACUUUUCUAAAGUUCUAACAAUGUUUCAAACUGUGAAUCGGUUUGAAACACAGUAGUAUUUAACACUGAUUACUAUCAGACUGUCAAAAUCCUUCUUCGCUAGAAUUAAGAUGAUAAUAAUUAAAUUUUAAAAUCCGACUUGAGUUCGCUCUGAGGUUAAAUACAGAUUUAAAAUCGUAAGAAAUCGUUUAAUAGCUGAAACUGUUUUUUAAAUCAAAUCUUUGCAUAGCUAUGGCAGGAAACUAGAAUCCAACAAUGCCUUGGACAACCAUUUAAUCUAAAAAAUAAUUAUAAUAAUAAAGCAUAUACAUAAACCCAAAUAGGAAAUAAAAUAGUUAUCAAUUAAGCAUGUGUCCUAUUCUGUGUCGUAAACUCCUGAAGCAUUGGUGUCUCAUAUUUUAGAGCAGUUAAUGCAUUUUGGGAAAGAAAUCAAUCAAAUCUGUAUGUGUGUGAAAAUAGUCAUAUGUUAACUCGCUUUGUAACUGUAAUUGAAUAACAGAUUACAGUUACAUUUAUUUUGUAAUUAAAUGUAACUAGCUACCCAAUACUAAAUACACUUAUAAACAACACAUCUUCCAUCUUUGAUUUUUUUUUUUUUCUGUGCAUUUAAGAAUUACCAUUUUUCAUAAAAGGAUGCAUGAUGUGCGAAUUUGAUUUUGGCCAAAACUCGAAUUGUACAAGGGUUUGUAAUUUUGCUCUAAACAGCGAAUAUUCAUUUCUGAAGGGGACCAAAGGUAACAUUUUAAGGAUCAGUCAUGGAUAAACCAGUACUCUUGGUAGCCGCUCAGUAGGUUUUGGAACAACCGUAGCUGUCUUUUACCAUACCUACAACAUGCAAAUUACUCAAUUUCAUUACCACAUUUGUGAAACUGCAUCUAUGGGUAAAUACGGUAAUGCUAAAUUAUGGUUUUUGGAUAAUUUGUCCUCAAUACAAAUGACAGUUCCUGUGGCAAAGCAUGCUUCAGUACGCACUUGAUCAUGCUGUUUCUGUGUUUUUUAUAAAGUAGAGGAAGACAUAACAGCGAGAGACAGUGUGGGAGACGCUGAUGUGUUUUUAUAUUGAAGAAGACCUUUGAAAGCUCCUCCUGUCUGAAUGAAUCAAUCAGACACUGAUUCUCUUUGUCGGUUGGAGGCAUUAAUCAAUCUCUAUGAUACCACUGAUAAAUGAAGCACAGGUCAGACUGCGGUCUGCAGAGAAAGAACUGUGAUCUUUCCUUUCAAACUUUUUCAUCCCCAACGUCCAAGAUGCAUUCAGUCUUCCAGAGCACCCCAAAUCUCUCUCUUGCAUCUUUAAAUUCUAUCUGUAUAUGUUUCUAUAAAGAAGAAUUUAGAUUUCAACCCAAAGAGAUAUUACAGAGAAAGUCCUAAUAAAAUCCUAUUUCUGAACAA